UGGUGUAGCCAUAUAUUGAAUUCACAUGAUGCACACACAUCAAACGUUCGUACUCCUGUAUAAUCCAAACAAAGGCAAAGCUCUACUCGUCUCUCGUUCUUUCAUUUUCACUUUCAAGAGGAAGUGAGAGAGGCUGAUAAAAAGGAGCAUGGCAGACACAAAGAACAACAACAUGGAGGAGUGUUUGAUACCAAUAGAUCAGAAAUUAGAAGAGAAAAGAGAAAGAAAUCCGUCGUUAACAAGGGUUGUUUUCAUUGAAGAAAUUAAAAGGCUGGGUUACCUUGCAGGUCCUAUGGUGGCUGUGACCUUAUCACAGUACCUCUUGCAAGUUAUAUCAACGAUGAUGGUGGGUCAUCUGGAUGAGCUUGCUCUCUCCAGCACCGCCAUUGCCAUAUCCCUAUCCGCGGUCACCGGCUUUAGUGUCCUACUGGGAAUGGCUUCUGCAUUGGAAACGCUGUGUGGACAAGCUUAUGGAGCUCAACAAUACCGAAAACUGGGAAUCCAUACCUACACUGCUAUCUUUUGUUUAAACUUAGUAUGCAUCCCUCUGUCGCUCCUAUGGAUUUACAUGGGAAAGCUACUUGUUUUCAUUGGUCAAGAUCCCGUAAUUUCACAUGAAGCCUGUAAAUUCAUUAUAUGGCUUAUCCCAGCACUAUUUGCAUACGCAACUUUUCAACCACUUGUUCGAUACUUUCAAACACAAAGCUUGAUCACUCCCAUGCUAAUAUGCUCUUGUGCCAGUCUUUCAAUCCAUGUACCUCUAUGUUGGGCUUUGGUAUUCAAGUCCGGAUUAAAAAAUAUAGGAGGAGCGUUAGCAAUUAGUAUCUCAAAUUGGUUAAAUGUGAUUUUCCUUGCACUAUACAUGUGGUACUCUCCCACCUGCACAAAAACUCGUGUCCCCAUUACAACGGAAUUAUUCCAAGGAAUUAGAGAGUUUUUUCGCUUUGCUAUCCCUUCUGCUGUUAUGGUUUGCCUUGAAUGGUGGUCAUUUGAGCUACUUAUCUUGCUUUCGGGACUUCUACCAAAUCCAGAGCUGGAAACAUCAGUCCUGUCUGUGUGUCUCUCCACCAUUGCAACACUGUAUGCCAUACCGUAUGGACUUGGUGCUGCUGCAAGUACUAGGGUUUCGAAUGAACUGGGGGCAGGGAAACCCCAAGAAGCGCUUGUAGCGGUGUAUACCGUAAUGGUUCUUACAGUUUUAGAUACCCUCGUAGUUAGUGGAGCCCUGUUCUCUAGCCGACAUGUUUUUGGCUAUGUUUAUAGCAACGAGAAGGAAGUGGCGGAUUAUGUCACAACCAUGGCUCCAUUGGUUUGCGUGUCUGUUAUUCUUGACAGCUUACAGGGGGUUCUUUCAGGUGUUUCAAGGGGAUGUGGAUGGCAACAUAUAGGAGCUUAUGUCAACCUCGGAGCAUUUUAUCUGUGUGGAAUUCCUGUAGCUGCCAUCCUUGGUUUCUGGUUACAGUUGAGAGGGAUAGGCCUCUGGAUUGGUAUACAGUCCGGUGCUUUUAUUCAAACAGUUUUGCUCGGAAUUGUAACAUAUUGCAUAAAUUGGGAAAAGCAGGCGAUUAAAGCAAGGGAAAGGCAAUUCCAUGGAAGUUCUUAAAUAGAGAAUGGAACCAUGUGAGAAAGCAGAAUCAAAUGCCGAUCUAAUUAGAUAUAGUCUUGUAAACAGGGACACAACUGCUGUAUUGAACCAUUUAAAAGAGAAAUUUUAUUACUAUAUUAAUACUGCUGUAAUAGAAAAUCCAGAUUGGAUAAAUUUGGUA